UUCUUGCUGCAUACUGCACUCACAAGCAGAUACUGUUCGUUCAUAGAGAAGCAUGGGAUACAAUUAGUCUCUGACUGAGAGGAUGGACUAACGGGAAGCGUGGUCUUUUAUCGACCAUUUAACUGUAUGUCGCUGAUGUAGUGGCAUCUGGGCAAAAGUUAAGACCUUUGACUUUUAAAGGUUUGUACGUCAACAAGAUCUGCAAUAUAUCGGAAAACUCGGGUAUCAAAGAUUUGGUUUGAUAUAAAAUGCAGCACUGCUCCUGGUUCCUGCACACUGGAGGACACUUCUACUAAAGAAACUGGAAUGGAAUCAAUACACAGUUCAGAUCAUCAGAAAGUUCCCAUUUCUGUAGUGGUCAUGUGUUUGGAGUCAGCAACAUAUACCUCAGGAGAAGAGUUUUUCAUUGGGUGCAAGCAAGAUAACAUUAACAAAACUCAGAUCAUUGAUACUAAGGGAGAUCAGGACAACACUUCAUCACCACUCUGCUGUAUCAAGAGGCCAUCGGAAUUGUACAGGGAGUCUGAACGUGCCAGUCAGAACAUUGAACCCAAUGGACGUCGGCAGCAAGAAAUAUUGCUGUAUCCCACAGAAUGGACUUCAAAAAGUAAUAUCGUGGAACCAGAUUCUGCUUCAGUUUGGAAGAUGCCUUCUGUUUCCUCCAUGUAUAAAAAUACAUGCAGUUCAGCAAAUUCACCAUCUGAGCUAAAAGUCAAGAAUCUUGGAUCAAGUGUUAUUGUAUUUUCUGACUAUGUACAUCAAGCUGAAUCCACACCCCAUAAAAACACCGAACUCUACAUCUACGAAGCAUCAGAUGUGUUUUGUGAACCUUCUUCGUCUGAAGAUAAUUCCACAGAGAUGUCACACGAUGCGGGAUAUUUUAUGAGAAAGAGAAGGCAAGGUGUCAGUGGGGAGCAGAGAUGCAAUGCUACCAAUGUGAGUGCAAGACUCUGCCAGUUUAGGAAAUACGCUGAGGAACUAGAGGUCCCUGAUAAAGACAAUCCAGGGGAGAAUAAAGAAAUGAGAGAAGAGAUUGUAAACAUCCCUGCUGAGACAGACAAGAAGACAACCCUACAAGUUGGGAGUGGCAGGUGGAUGGAGUUGGAAAUUGAAAUUUCUCAUGAAAACAGAGCAGAAUCUAAUGAAGAUGUCUUCCAUUGGAGAGACUCCAUGACUUGGCUGAUGAAGAAGCUUGAUCAACUGAACCUGGACAUUGAGGAUGCACUUACUGUCGGUUCCUCCCCUGCCAGCAAGAGACGCCACCGGCAGCAGCCAGCGCUGCCACUGAAGUUGAGCCAGGAGACAGCUGAGAUUGAAGCCAAAGAAGCAUGUGACUGGUUGCGAGCUGCUGGGUUCCCUCAGUAUGCACAAUUGUAUGAAGAUUCCCAGUUUCCAAUUGACAUUGCUUCUGUGAAGAAAGAUCAUGAUUUUCUUGACAAAGAUUUCAUAGAACCGCUUUGUAGGCGACUGAAUACAUUGAACAAGUGCACUUCCAUGAAAAUAGAUAUAAGCCUUCCCAAGAAAAAAAGUGAAGACUCCGAUGAAGAAGACUUGUGUGCAAUCAGUGACAAAUGGACCUUUCAGAGAAGUAGCAAGAGAUGGUCAAGACUAGGUGAUGUCGAUGUACUGUUUCCUAGGCAAGAUGGCCGGAUAUCUACAGGAAGCAUGAAACUAAAAAAUACAACUAGCAGUGAGAGCGUGCUUACAGAUCUUAGUGAACCAGAGGUAUCCUCCAUUCACAGUGAAAGUAGUGGGGGAAGUGACAACAGGAGCUUGGCUGGUAGAACUGUCGAAACAAACAGUGCAACUGUAGAACACCCGGAAAGUUCUGUACGGAACUCUGUUGAAACCACAGUAAUGCCAGACUCUAUCUCUUUCCCACAGACCGCGAAAGACCUCACGAACUGCAGCUUUAGUGUGAAAGCUGAGAAGAAUGCAAGGGUGAAGGCAAGGAAUCUCUUUAAGCGUAUGGAAACAUUAAGACCAAGAGCUUCUCAUAAGUUAAAGGGUUCUAUGCGAUCUGGUGCUUUGGUUAUUAGUUCGCCGGUACUACAACAAGAGCCAGAGUCACUGAGGACAAUGCAUUGUGUGGAUAUAGUCAAUGAAAAUCUUAAUAGUCUAGCGAAGGAUUCAACCAAGAGUGGAUUUUCUUCAUCUACUCAGUCUAGUAGUGAUAGCCACUCAGAAAACAGUGGUAGUACAGUAAGUACACCAUGCUUAAAAUCAAGGAAGAGACGCUUUGCCAGCAAGCGGAGUGGCAUGUACCUCGAGGAUGUCGACAUCCUCUCAGGGACAACAAUGAAGCAAGUGGCUGACCAAAAUCGUAGGAAUGAAUUUUGUUCCCAAGAAAACCUUGUUGUUCACAUUCCAAAGGAUCACAAACCAGGAACCUUUCCAAAGGCGCUUUCCAUUGAAAGCCUUUCUCCUUCUGACAAAUGCAGUCCUGUAAAUUGGAGGACUGGGAGCAUCUCUCUAGGAAAACAGAAGUGUAGCAAAUCCAAGAAUUGUUACCCUCGGGGAAGCAGAAUCAGUAUUUAUGACAAUGUGCCUGGGUCCCAUUUAUAUGCCAGUACUGGUGAUUUAAUGGAUUUGGAAAAGGAAGAUAUUUUCCCCCACUUGGAUGAUAUUUUACAGCAUGUGAAUGGACUACAGCAGAUUGUGGACCAUUGGUCAAGAAAUGUUUUGCCUGAAAUACAGGAUGAUGAACUCUCGGUCUGCGAGCGACAGUUCAACCCAUGCAAUCACUUGAUGCACGACUUUGAAAGACACUCUAUGUCGGAUGGUCAGAUUACUCCCAGUGACCUUGAACGUGAUGGGCAUUCCCUCAACGAGUCUGAAGCAGUGGGAAUGAGAGAUCGCAGAGAUUCUGGAGUAGGUGCAUCUUUAACCAGACCCACCAGGUUGAUAUUUGGAGAGUGCAGAAUUUCUGUCGAGGAGAAAUCCACAACCAGCGUGAAUGAAAGGCGUCAAAAGUUGCGAUGGCACAGUUUUCAGAUCUCACAUCGACUUAGCUUCAGCUUAGCUUCACUGCAGAUCAGCAACCAGUCGGCAGCUCAGCUCAAUCUACUGCAGAAGUUCUCUCUCCUUCGCCUCACUGCCAUAAUGGAGAAAUAUUCCAUGUCUAACAAACAUGGCUGGACCUGGUCUGUGCCAAAAUUUAUGAAGAGGGUGAAAGUGCCGGACUACAAGGACAAGAACGUCUUUGGUGUGCCUUUGAUAGUUCAUGUACAGAGAACAGGACAACCUCUGCCUCAGAGCAUUCAGCAAGCUAUGCGCUAUCUCAGGAGCCAAUGUCUAGAUCAGGUGGGUCUCUUUAGGAAGUCUGGAGCCAAAUCUCGAAUUCAGGCACUUCGACAGAUGAAUGAAGCUUCUCCAGAUAAUGUUAGUUAUGAAGAUCAGUGCCCAUAUGAUGUAGCGGAUAUGCUGAAGCAGUUCUUUCGGGAUCUUCCUGAUCCUCUCCUGACCAGCAAGCUAGGAGAAACCUUUCUUCAUAUCUAUCAAUAUGUACCCAAAGAGCAACGUUUGCAGGCAGUGCAGGCAGCCAGCAUGCUGAUGUCAGAUGAAAAUCGUGAGGUCCUGCAAACACUACUUUGUUUCCUUAGUGACGUGACUUCCGUAACAGAAAAUCAAAUGACUGCCAUGAACCUUGCUGUCUGCCUUGCACCUUCCCUCUUCCACCUGAACUUGAUUAAGAAAGGAUCCUCCUCACCAAGGGUAAUGCAUCGUAAGUAUGCAACAGGAAAACCUGAUCAGAAAGAUUUGAAUGAAAAUUUGGCAGCGACUCAGGGGUUGGCACAGAUGAUCACAGACUGCAACAAAAUUUUCCAGAUUCCUCAAGAUAUGAUGACACAAUCUCGAAACUCCUACAUUGAAGCUGACGCCCAUCCUUUGACACUUGAGGAGCUUGGGAAGCAAUUAGAAGAUGAGGGAGCAAACUAUCAGACGUACCUGGAGAAUCUCAUGCAGAACCUUCAGAAAGAAGCCAGGGAGAAGUUUAAGGGCUGGGUUUCAUGUCCAUGCCCUGAUAACAUUGAACUUGCUUAUAAAAAGGUUGGUGAUGGUCACCCACUCCGCCUGUGGAAGGUGUCCAUUGAAGUGGAGGCUCCACCUGCUGUAGUGCUAAAUCGGGUACUACGAGAACGACACCUGUGGGAUGAUGAUCUUCUCCAGUGGAAAAUCAUAGAAGCUCUAGAUAAGCAGACAGAAGUCUUCCAAUAUGUCUUGAACAGCAUGGCUCCUCAUCCUAGCAGGGACUUUGUCAUUCUGAGAACCUGGAGAAUGGAUUUACCUAAAGGAACAUGUGCACUGGUGGCUAUCUCCAUUGAACACGAUGAGGCAACUUUGGUGGGUGGAGUCCGUGCUUUGGUCAUGGAUAGCCAGUGUCUGAUCGAGCCAUGUGGCUCUGGGAAAUCCAGAAUGACACAAAUCAGCAGAAUUGACCUAAGAGGUCGGACUCCAGAAUGGUACAACAAAGCCUUUGGAUAUCUUUGUGCUGCAGAUGUUGCAAGAAUUAGAAACUCAUUUCAACCUAUAAAUGCAGAGGGACCAGAAACCAAAAUCUGAAACGGAGAUGCCUUGAAUCGAAAAAGGUGCAUUUGUCAAAGGAAAAUGGAUGUCAUUUUACAGGAACCACAGAGAUGAGAAUGGAUAAAGGAGCAAUAAAGUGCUUCACACUAAUGGCCUGCUCGCUGGUAAAUAGAUUUGUAAAAUUAUCCUGUAUCAAGUAAUUCUCCAGCAGAGCUCUCACUGUGCUGUAUGGUUGCCAUGGUAUUCCUCUGGGUUACAGAUGCACAGUGAUGUUCACCUGCAGCGUCCAUGGCAAGCUUUUCUAACAUUGAAAUCUGCCUCUUUGUGAUGUGAUUCAAUCUUUCCAAACUCAUGGACCCAUUGCUCAAUCAGUUUUAUAAAGUCAUGCCUCUGGAGCUGUUUGGAAAGUUAUAGUUUUAACAUUUUAAAAAAAAUUUUAAUUUAUCCAUGUAUGCUCAGUGGACUCCAAGUUUAUGGUCCAGGAAAUUACAGUGGGGCUUCUAAAACAAUCACAUCCAUUAAGCUAUACAAUGUUUUAAUCUGUUCAUUGCACAGCUUGAGGAAUAAAUGCUUCUGAGAAGCAUUUAGAUUUGUAUAAAUAUGUGUGUAUAUAUAAAUAUAUAAAUAUGUAGAUAAUAAAGAUAUCUAUGAAGAAUAAGCAUAAAUAUAUAUAAAACUGUAUUCAGAUUUUCAGCCUUAAACAAUCAGUCAUGAUGCAGGCUAAUGAGCUUAUAUUCCUGUCACUUGGAUCCCAAUAUCUUGCCACAGAAUUUGCUGUGUAUGUCAGAUGUUUGCACAGUGAAGCAAUUUUCAUAGUGACCUUUGUUAAGGUCAGAUUUGCUUUGACAAAGCUGCAGCUUGACUACCUGUAAUGAAAGUUGUUCCAAAUACCAACAGAGCUGAAAAUAACGUGCAUGUACAGAUAGAGUAGAAUGUUUCACCAAGUCCCUCCCUCCUGCCAACAUGCAAAUAUAUAUUUAAAAACUAAUUAUGCAGUUCAAUAAUUUAUUGUUCACUCUGGAUUAGCUAAAACAAGAAUCUGUGCUGGAAGCUUAAGAACUUUUCUGAGGAGAAUAUCAUAGUGAUUUUACUCUGCUGUUAUACUCGGCAUGUUUUAAAGCACAUUAUAAUUUUCACUAUUUCCUAUGCAAUGUUUAAGGUGCGGUUACUCUUAAACAAUUGUGAAAAAAGUUGCCACGUAAGUGUCAUGUACUCAAUUGCAAUAUAUCCUUCAUGAAUGUAGUCACUUUAUAUGUGCAUGUGUCAAGUGAUUGUACUUCCAUUUGUACUUGGACCAUAUUUUCAGCAUAGUAUUAUAUCACUGAUUGGGAUUCAGAAUGACGAGGAAUUUUAUUUAAAGAUGUAGCUAUUUAUACCUCAUAUUUUUACCUCAUUUGCUGGACUUUUGUUGAUUGUAAAUAUGAUUACCUAAUAUUUAGAGUCAGAAAUUCUGAUGCAGUUUAAAGAAAUAUGUGGUUAAUGUUUUCAUUAUUUCUUGUACAAAAUUUAUUUUUCCUUUUGUCAUAUUAUGAAAUGCACUAAUAAAGAUUACAUCGUAAGUAGCU